ACAAGGAAAUUUUAGAUUUGUUUUUGUUACAGAUGUGGCUUGUUUACUCGUAAUCAAAACAUGAUUGGUAGAAAAUAUUUCUGCAGAAAGAAAACAAAUACCACAUGUAUCCUAGGAGUAUGUUUAAUUCUGUUGUCGUUGUGGAAAUUCGGAUUAGGAAACGAUGUCGAAACUGACAACGAUUCUGAUUCUGAAUCUGCAUUAUUUUCAAAUGGAUAUUCAAGACAUCUCCUGACAGUUUUACCUAACUGCACUCCUCGUGCAAUAGAGCAGUUUCCCCGCGAUGUGUUUAAUAUGCACCAGCGAAGAUCAGGGGCUGUUACUCUGCACAUUGUGGCGGCUGUCUACAUGUUCCUGGGCUUCGCUUUGCUCUGUGAUGACUACUUUGUUCCUUCCCUUGAAGUUUUGUGUGAUGUGCUUCACAUUCAGUCAGAUGUUGCGGGGGCCACAUUUAUGGCUGCAGGGAGUUCUGCCCCAGAGCUUGCUACCGCGAUCAUCGCUGUCUUCAUUGCAAAGGAUGACAUCGGUGUUGGCACGGUGGUCGGAUCAGCAGUCUACAAUGUCAUGUUCGUCAUUAGCGUGUGUGCUCUCUUCGCUGGCAUGGUCAUACAUCUGAGUUGGUAUCCGCUGGUUCGUGACUGCAUUGUUUAUGCUAUCAGCGUCCUGGCACUUGCAUGGGUCAUACAUGAUGAAAAGGUCUACUGGUAUGAGGCCCUGGUGUUUCUAUUUAUGUACUGCCUCUAUAUUGUGCUCAUGUACUUCAACACAAGUCUCGAAAUCUUCUUCAACAAACAUUUGGUGUGCUGUAACCAUCGCAAUCAGGCCAUGAAUGGGAUUCCCCUCGCUGAAAAUGGACUAGUCCAAAGGGAGAAAAAUGGAAAUAUAAAAGAUGCAGCCUUUGUUUCCUUAGUGGGUAUUGAGGAGUUUGACUCUGAUUUUGAGGAGGAGAUAGAGUUGGAUGAGAAACACCCUUUCAUCUCUGACUCUUCCGAAGUCUCCACAUCGGACACCAGUCUGCCGUCCAAGAACAAUGAUUCCUCCACCCAUACUGUGUUUUCCCGUCCUGACGCCUGCUGGAAGGUGGCAGUAUGGGUAGUUGCCCUUCCUCUGAAGGUGGUAUUCUACCUGACGAUUCCAGACUGCCGGAGAAGCCGCUGGCAAAAUUGGUUUAUCGUAACCUUCAUCAUGUCCCUAGUCUGGUUAUCCGUUCUCUCUUACUUAAUGGUGUGGAUGAUCACAAUUAUUGGUUAUACUGCUGGAAUCUCAGACACCAUUAUGGGUCUUACGCUGAUAGCUUUUGGUGUGAGUCUCCCUGAUGUGAUCUCAAGCCUGCUGGUGGUGCGGGAGGGGCUGGGCGACAUGGCAGUGGCCAACGCUGUGGGCAGUAAUGUGUUUGACAUACUUGUAUGUUUGGGCGUCCCCUGGCUGCUAAAGAGUGCAAUACGAAAAGGCCAGCCAGUACAGGUUUACAGUGAAGGUCUUCUGUAUGCGACCUUCACCCUGCUAGGGACGGUGGUGUUCCUGCUGGCGGCCACUUAUGUGAACGGCUGGAAACUGACGAAGAAGUAUGGAGUGGUUCUCAUGGUUGUUUAUGUUCUCUUCACGGUUCUCACGUCACUCUACGAGCUCAAUAUAUUCGGUUAUGUACACCCUAAAGAAUGUGUGUCUUCAUAUGAAAGAUAGCUUUAAGUCGGAAUGGUGCUAUAUGGUACAUAUUUAGAAUGAAAGGGGUUUCGUUGAUAGUCAAUAUUGAUUAGGCACACCCAACGCAGUGUGUUGUGUGUCUUCAUAAUUAUGAUUAAUAUUUUUAAGUGGGUAUGGUGCUAUAUGGCACAUAGUUAGAAUGAAGGACUUUUGUUGAUAAUCAAUAUUUAUUAUGUAUACAUGAAGGAGUGUGAAUCUUCAUAUAAUAGAUAGCUUUUAGUCAGUAUGGCGUUGAAAGUUACAAAGUUAGAAUGAAGGGGUCUUGUUGAUAAUCAAUACUGAUUAUGUAUACAUUUAGGAGAAUGUAUCUUCACGUGAUAGAUAGCUUUAAUUCGGAAUGGUGUUGACGGUUACAAAUUUAGAAUGAAAGGGGUUUGCAAAUUAUAAAUUUUCAUAACUUCUAUUCACAGAAUGUUAAGUUUACUUUUUCCUGCAAAAUAAUGUGUUGUUUAUGAUGUUUAUAAUUCUUAAACGAAAAUUGUUGUUGAGUUAGAAAUAUAAUAACAGUAUUAAAACAAGCUUUAACAUAUUGUUUCAGUUAUGAGGUUUUAUUCGCAAAACUGCAUAAAGAAAAAUGCACAAAAUCUACAAAAUUUAAUUUCUGCAAUAUUGCUAUCAAUGCUAAUGAGACUGUUGUUUUACAUGUAAAACUAUGUUGUCUGUAAAUGUCUUGCUGAUGAAUAAAUCUUAUCUAAGCCACGAGAACUAACUAGUUUGAUUAGCGUUACCUGACUGAUUCACAAAAAUACCCGCAUUUCAAAAGUUUUUUAGCCUCUCUAGUUAUCACUUUUAUUUUUUUGCGUUUUUCAAAAAAAUCAAAUUUUGGUGUUAGAAAGUAACCAAAAAAACUACAUACAUACCCUAACCUUAUAAUGUGUGAAGUUAAAUGCCAAUCAAACUAUUUAUUUGUUGUGGCCUAUAGUUAUACUGUAAAUGAAUGUGCAAUAUAUAGAAAAAAUAUACAUGUAAACUUCCAGGAAGCGAUAGGCCUUCAAGGGUCUCUUCCAGAAAGUGAUACCGUAGUUGUUUUAGUGCACUUUAAUAUUUUUUCAUCAGUUUAUACUUUUUCAAACUUUGAAACUGCUGGUCUAUAAUUCUGCAAAAAAUGUACUUACAAGUUUGUCAAGAUUUAUAACAAGACUAUUAAGUUAUAGUUAAAAUUAUACAUUUGUAUCUCAUUCAAUAUUUUUUCAUAAAAUUCAUAAAUUUUCACGAGGCAUAAUGUUAAUGUUGUGAUUGUUAUAUUCAUUAGUGCUUCUGAAAAGGUUGUGUUCUUUGUUUAAGCCUUAGUAUAUACAUGUAUGUUCAUUCCAUAAUAUGAUAAACAGUACUUCGGCAUUAGAACUUAAGUGUGAUAAUUCGUAGUGGCUCACUACAUGUCUGUGUUCUUUUGUUGCCUUCUUGUCAAAAUGUGUUCUUUUGUGCAAUGUUUGUUAUGUUAAGUUUGAUUUACUGUUUUUUCUAACAGAAAGAUUCCACUAUUAUAAUAUCCUUGGUGUUGACAGGGCAGUGGUAGCAGGGUGAAAAAAUUGUAUCCUUGGCAAUAAUUCCAAAACUCUUCAAGAUAUUCAACCGAAAUUUGGUAUACAUGUUGCCAGAGACAAAACUGUUCAAGAUAUUCAAUUGAAACUUGGUGCACAUGUGUAGCAAGGUCCAUAACUCUGGCUGGAUGAUUAUUGUGGUAUGCACCAUUUUGAUUGUAUAAAUGCAAUACAAGAACAGACAAGCAAUUGCAUCUGUUUGUGGUGCUCUUGUUUCAAUGUUCUACGCAAUUUAACUGGUCAUGAAAAAGCCCAUUGUUACUGUAAGUAAGUGUAUGAAGUUUGAAGUAAAUAUCUUUAAUGGUUGUAAAGUUAUUAAGAA